UAAACCUCGCUAGCAAACCAAACGUCACUUACUUUCAAAUCAAUCAACACACGAUGACGUCAUUACAGUACGAACAAGUUUCUCGAACCUUCUCAACCAACAAGGUGAACUCACGAAAACGCCGAUCUGAUGACGUCACAAUAGGCGUCGCAAAGAAACGUCGUUCAAAUUCUGCUGGAAAAGAACGCGAUCGACUUCAUGUAUUUAACCAAGCACUAGAGACGCUACAGAGCGUAAUACCUGUUCGUUUAACAGAGCAAAGAAACCUUCACAAGAAACAAACACUUCAGUUGGCGAUCCGUUACAUCAAUUUCCUCCGUGGCUGUUUGGAUGGUACACGAGAUUGGAAGGAAAGAAACAGAUUUUGGUGUCGAACUCAGGAUGAGAUGGUCAUCGACGCUAUCGAUCAAGCCGCUGCUGGACAUAACGUUCAUUGUGAUGUGACGUCACCACAGAUGACGUCACCAGAAAGUGAGUCACCUCCACCACCAUCAGGAUGUUAUACACAGAUCAACUACGAAACAGUUCAGCCUUCCAUUAUGAAUCACAAUCAGGAUUGUUCACCUCAGUUACGUCACUGGAACGAAGAAAGCCAGUAUUGUGACGUCACAUAUUCUUUGGAAACAACUUCAAUUCAAAAUCCACAAAACUAUGACCAACUCUAUUCUCAAUACGACCCAACUACGUCAUUCCUGACGUCAUACUUCCAAAACAACAGUAUUCGUCAAGAUGACGUCACCUAUCUAAACAAAGAAAGCGAUGAAUUAUUCACAUCUUUAACCGAUGACGUCAGCACUUCUAUUGAUGACAUCACUCCUACGUUUCCAUAUUCCAAUAUGCCAAUGAAUAAUGUGUUCAACGAAUUUAUUACGUCACCAGAAAAUUUGUUACGUCAUCCAGAUAGUCCAGACAGUGGUUAUUAUAGUCUGGUUUAAUUUUGUUUUUUUUUAAUAUUCUAAACCAUAUUAUGUUUAAAAUUUUCUGCAUAAUAAAAAAAACAUACCGGACAAACAGUUUUGAGUUUUGAAAUUGUCCAAAUCAGUCUCGAUCCAGGAUUUAACGGGAAUUCCCCGACUGUGACGUGUUUUAGACUAGAGUGACGUCACGUUGCGAAGUGACGUCAAUAUUGGUUUAAGCUUUGUAUAAACAACAGAGCAAACCUGAAA